UGCACAGCCACAAUGAAGGGGAAACUUUCUCUCAAUGUGGUGACUGCUGCAACCACGAUGGGCUCAGUGAGAUCAGCUGGACUGUCUCUUCUUCUGUUGUCUUUUUUGCUUUACCUAGCUGAUUCAUACCCCAAUGUUGACCUAUCAAACAUGGGCUGUGAGGAAUGCACACUGAGAAAGAACAGCGUUUUCUCAAGGGAUCGUCCGAUCUAUCAGUGCAUGGGCUGCUGCUUCUCCAGAGCCUACCCGACACCACUCAAAGCCAUGAAGACAAUGACAAUCCCAAAAAACAUCACCUCAGAGGCGACAUGCUGUGUGGCAAAGAACAGCUAUGAGACGGAAGUGGCCGGCAUACGGGUGAGAAACCAUACGGACUGCCACUGCAGCACCUGCUAUUUUCACAAGAUAUGACAGAUGGGAAAGGGAUAUCACUCUGCAGUGCUCAGCUUGGCAACAAAUAGUGUUUCUUUUAAUGUGCAAAAGCUUUUUUCUGUUUUAAAAUGAAUGUGUCGCCAGAUGAUAUUUUUGUAGCAAUUCUGUGUGUGAGUGAUGUGUAAUUAGACUACAUUUUGGCAUUGGUAGAUGCAUAUGAUUAAUUGUAAAAUGAAGAGCAAUUAAAAGGUGAAACCAGA